AGAGGAAGAGAGAGGGCGGAUCGGACGUUGAAAGAGAUUCACACAGCAGAGCCUUCACAGGGUAGACAGCAUCUCUCCGAAUCACACUCACAGGCAGACAGGAAAAGGGGCCGUCACACCAAAAUCCUUAAAACAACAGCAGACAGACGAUCCUUUAGCAGAGAUGGGGCCCGGAUUGUUCUGGAACUUCCCUUCCAAGACUAGCUGCACGGUUCCACAGAGCCUGCUGCAGACGAUGUUGCUCUCCAGGAUGGCUGGCAUAAAGGAUCAGCAGUUUACCGAAGAGAAACCGCUUCUGCCAGAAGUCAGGGGACAAGAACCAGAGAUGGCUAAAGGAGAGUGUGUGCACGCGCUGCCUUGUGCUAAGCCCUCCCCCCAAACGGCUCGCCCCCCCAAACGCUGGCAUUCGAUCGCCCGGCACUGGCUCGGCCUCACCCGGCGUCGGACCAGCGGGUACAUCUCGGAAAACUGUGAGACGUUUGUGGAUGCUGGAGAUUGGAAGGAACACGACAUCGAAACCCCAAAUGGGAUGUUGCAUGUGGUCAUCCGGGGAGCUCCUAAGGGCAAUAAGCCAGCUAUCCUGACCUACCAUGAUGUUGGGCUCAACCACAAGUUGUGCUUCAACUCAUUCUUCCACAAUGAAGACAUGCAGGAGAUCACCAAGCAUUUUGUUGUGUGCCAUGUGGAUGCCCCUGGCCAGCAGAUUGGUGCCGCACAGAUGCCACAGGGGUAUCAGUACCCCACCAUGGAACAGCUAGCUGGAAUGCUUCCCAGUGUGGUGCAACACUUUGGCUUUAAGAGCAUUGUUGGAAUUGGAAUCGGGGCUGGUGCCUACAUCCUUGCCAAAUUCGCGCUCAUUUUUCCUGAUCUCGUGGAGGGUCUAGUUCUACUCAACAUUGACCCCAAUGGGAAAGGCUGGAUUGACUGGGCUGCCACAAAGCUGUCCGGACUCACUAGCACUCUUCCAGACACUGUUCUGUCCCAUCUCUUUAGCCAGGAGGAGCUUAUGAGCAACACAGAGCUGGUGCAGAGUUAUCGCCAACAGAUCAACAACACUGUCAACCAGUUCAACCUCCAGCUCUUCUGGAACAUGUACAACGGCCGCAGGGAUCUGGAAAUGAACCGCAGUGGCUCUGUGUUGAAUGCCAAGACCCUGAGGUGCCCAGUCAUGCUGGUUGUUGGAGACAAUGCCCCGGCUGAGGAGGGCGUGGUUGAAUGCAACUCCAAGCUGGAUCCAACCAACACCACAUUCCUGAAGAUGGCUGACUCCGGUGGAAUGCCUCAGCUUACACAGCCUGGAAAACUCACCGAGGCUUUCAAGUACUUCUUACAGGGGAUGGGUUACAUUGCGUCUAUUAAGGAUCGGAGAAUGAGUGGGGGGCCAGUGCCUUCCGCGAGUAUGACCCGUCUCGCCCGUUCGCGAACAGCCUCUCUGACCAGCGCGGGCUCCGUGGACGGUUCCCGCAACCGCGCAUGCACGCAUUCAGACAGCACCGAGGGUGUCGGGCAGGUCAGCCACACCAUGGAAGUGUCCUGCUGAGCCCUCGUUCAUGUUCUCACACGCACACAUUUAGAGAGACGUGACACAUGGAAGAAGGGCCUGAGAAGAAUGGAGAACUCGUGUUACUGUCAUCUUUCUUUCUCAGCCAUUCGUUUUCCAUGUACUUUUCUCUCUGCAUUUUUUUCAGUGUUAGCCCACUUAAAGAAACAGUUCACCAAAAAAUAAAAAACAUCUGUCAUCGUCUACUCACGCUAACGUACUUGUUUUAAAAAAGAUGAACGCAAGAUUCAGUGAUAUAUCACUGAACGUUUUUUUUUGUAUGGACAGCUUCUAGUCCACAUCCACUUUCAUUGUACAAGUGAGAGGAACUCAGACAUUGAGCUUGAAGAAGGUCGUAGAUAUAAAAUGACAUUAGAGUGAGUAAUAGAUGACAGAAUUUUCAUUAUUGCGUGAACAAAUUCUUUAACCUGUAAAAUAAAGGCGUGCUGUCUUCCCUCUUAGAGCAAUGUUCGAUUCUCCCCUUUGUAACACCAUUUAUUUAUCGCUGUGUCAGUAUUUCUGCACCCUUCGCUUGCUGCCUCUGGCCUUCACCUCCUCCUCCGAAGACAAAACUUGAAAUUGUCCCAUCAGCCCUUGCUCUCGUUCCUGUCCUAUGACAGUCUUUGUGGAGUAACUUAUUGGUGGGUCGCAAGUAGAGGGAACGGUCAUGAGGAAGAAACAAAGCUAGAAGAAGAAGGGGGGGUUAAAAGAUUGAUCCAGAGAGAGAGAGAUUAAAAUGGUACAUCGUGACCAGGUUAUGCACUCCCUCUCUGCCACGAACGCGAAGCAGUUGAGUUGUUGAAAGGGCAAAAGUCAUCUACCGAACAGCAGCCUUUGGCUUAUCAUCUCAGGUCAUUCAGUCAUUUUGAAGUAUGUGUGUGACCACGCAGGAUAAACUAUUCCUUUUCACUCCGGUAAACAAGACGUGAUUUUUUUCAUUUUUUCAUUUUUAAGGUCAACACUCUAUAUGGCGGCUGUAGGAAUGGGAAGUCAAAAUGUGAGUGAAUAUAAAUAACUUUACAAUAGAAACAUCCGCUGCUUAAUUUGCACUGAAAAGUGGCAUCCUUUACAAAAAUACCCAUUGUUUUUAUUAUAGUAAGCUUAGUACGUUUUUCUUUUUUUUAACGGGUUGAUGACCAUUUGUAUAACUCCAGUUUUCCUACAAACACCAUGGUUUAACUAGUAAUAUGUUUUUCGUUUUUAUUCGUAGUAAAACUAUGGUUCAUUUUUCUAAGGGAUAGACAUUUGCUGACCGGCAUGAAUUGUAUAAAUAAAGAAGGCUACAGAGUAAAUUGGUUCGCCUUAAAGGGACAUUGUAUUCAAUUUUAGCGGCAUCUAGAGCAGAGGUUACGUAUUGCAACCAACGGCUCAGUCCACCCCUCCCUUUCGAAGCACAACGGUGGCUGACACAGGACAAAGAUGUCGUCACGUUUUCACUUCUUUGCCGAAAGAGAUAUUUACGAAGUUACGAAAUGCGCUCUGUAGAGCAGUUUGUCCGUUUAGGGCUACUUUAGAAAUUCCAAUGGCGAAUUCCAUGCAAGGGGACCUGCGGUGUAUGUAUAGAUAUAAAAAGAUAACCCUUCAUUAUGUAAGGUCUUUAUACACCUCUGGAGGCAUAGUUACGUAUAUUAUAUUGCAUUUCUGUCAAUAGAUACUCCUAAACAUCACACAGCACCUUUAAGUAAAUUUUCAAUAAAACCAAAAAUACUAAACAAAGACAACAAAAAAAACUUUAUCACUUACUCCGUCACAAACUAAGAUGAACAUACCUUUCUUUAACAUCUGGUUAAGACACUGUCUUCAGUUUAAGUACUCAUAUAAUCUUAAUUCGAGUUAUCAUUCAAUUAGUAUACUUGUGGUAGUGUGCACUCCCUGUCAUAUGAAGGGAGCUUUGCGUGGCAUCGGUUCUGUACGGUCUCCCUUUUAUAGACAAUCAUCUUGUGACCCAAACCAAACCGGAAAUGAGGCAGAGCCUCUACGACGGGGUUUUGCCGCUUUCAUUAAGUUCCAUUUCACCAGUUGCGAUACAUAAUUAAAGCUUUGGGUUUCUCUUACAGCACCUAGCCCUGCACAAAGAAUAUACGAAAGGUACUGAAACAAACACACAUGCAAAUGCAUGCAUGCAUAUUCAAUAAAAUGUGACUAAAAUUGAUGCUUGUUUUAUAAUUUAGGUUUAUACAUAAAUUAUAAUAGAUAAUGAAUAACAAUGCAUUGUGUAAUAAUGACUGACAUGAACUCCGAGCUGAUUUGCUGAUGCCGCUGCCUUAUUGGAUGUCCUAAACUGUGAUGAAAGAGGGCCUAGCAGCCGUCGAAUUUCCAUUCCACACAUUUGCACUCUUUUGUCUUGAUUGUCAAUUUUGUGCAGAAUCUCUCAUUUUCAGGGGCGUUUCCUGUGUGUGUGUCUAUAUGGGGCGGGGCUUUCUGGAGCACCAUUGUUCCAAGCAAGGAAUGUAGGGUACAACCCCACUCCCAAAAAUCCCAAACCCAAAACCACAAGGUGCCCCGCCACUCAUAAACACACCCGGGCGCCUCAAAGGGCUGUCGACCCAGGCAACGCAAGGCUGGGCGUUAUACUGUACAGACUCAGAGAGACAAACGCAAGACAAGAGAGGGAGAGAUUGAACGAAACGGCCACCGAUGUCGCCAGAAUGUUCAAAAUGGGACGUGAGCGAAUCGGGAGGGUGAAAGCCAAACGCAUGCUGGUUGGGUUUCCUCCUAAAGACUGAAUGGGUGCAUUCUUCCCUAGUAUUGAUUUGCAUGAGUUUUUGUGUCGUUUUUUUAUUUGAUGUUUGAAGUAUGCAGUCGUCAGCUCUUAAUAAGAGACGAGGAGCAUGCCGCAAGCUCACCUGUCAAAGGUGCACUUUUAUCCCCGAUCCCUGCUCUCUGCCUGGGGCCUUGAAUGUAUCGAGUCCUUUGGAAGUGCUGUACAGUAUUGUCAAUGUGGCCCCAUAUCACCUUUACUCUGAAUCAGGGCUCACACCAGUGUAUCCUGCCAUACCUGCCUUCCCGUGCACCCUUUCCCUAUGGAUCUGUGUUCUAUGCUGUAGAUAUUUGCUGUUUUUAGGGCAGAAAAAUCAAAUAGGUCUCUACCACUAGACAUCUCGUGUGGAUCAUACAUUCAACUCUCUGUUCCUUUUUUUUAUAUAAAUGUAGUUCUUAUUUAACCUGGUGUUGCAUCAAUUAUUGUGAGGAUUCAAUGAGUAUUAUUAAUCAUAUGAUUACAGUUAUUUCAAAUAGCCAUUGUUUUAUAUUGAGCAAUAAGUUCUUUUUUUUUUUAAGGGAGGCCGGUUGUUACAAAUACGUAAACAGAAAUAGGAUUCACUUAACCUGCUCUGCCAUAAUAAAGAAAAUACAACUAAUGUGUUAAAACUGUGUAACAUGUACAUCUAUAUAGCCUACAAGCUGUUACUGUCUGUGUACUAAAAAAAGCUGAACGUGCAUCAAAUAAAGCGGAUGUGUAAAGGAA